AUGGCUAUCACAGUUGGUAUUAACGGUUUCGGUCGUAUUGGUCGUUUAGUCCUAAGAAUUGCUCUUUCAAGAAAAGAUAUUCAAAUUGUUGCAAUUAAUGAUCCAUUCAUUGCACCAGAAUAUGCUUCAUAUAUGUUUAAAUAUGAUUCUACUCAUGGUCGUUAUUCAGGUGAAGUUUCUCAUGAAGGUGAAAACAUUGUUAUUGAUGGUAAAAAAAUCAGAGUUUAUCAAGAACGUGAUCCAGUUAAUAUCCCAUGGGGUAAAGAUGGUGUUGAUUAUGUUAUUGAUUCAACUGGUGUUUUUAAAGAAUUAGAUUCUGCUCAAAAACAUAUUGAUGCCGGUGCUAAAAAAGUUGUUAUUACUGCUCCAUCAUCAACUGCUCCAAUGUUUGUUGUUGGUGUUAAUGAAGAUAAAUAUACUCCAGAUUUAAACAUUAUUUCAAAUGCUUCAUGUACAACAAAUUGUUUAGCUCCAUUAGCUAAAAUUAUUAACAAUAAAUUUGGUAUUGAAGAAGGUUUAAUGACUACUGUUCAUUCAAUUACUGCUACUCAAAAAACUGUUGAUGGUCCAUCUCAUAAAGAUUGGAGAGGUGGUCGUACUGCUUCAGGUAAUAUUAUUCCAUCAUCAACUGGUGCUGCUAAAGCUGUUGGUAAAGUUAUUCCAGAAUUGGCUGGUAAAUUAACUGGUAUGUCUUUAAGAGUUCCAACUGUUGAUGUUUCAGUUGUUGAUUUAACUGUUAAAUUAUUAAAAGAUGCCACUUAUGAUGAAAUUAAAGCUGCUGUUAAAGAAGCUGCUGAAGGUCCAUUAAAAGGUGUUGUUGGUUAUACUGAAGAUCAAGUUGUUUCUUCAGAUUUCUUAACUGAUAACAGAUCAUCAAUUUUUGAUGCUGAAGCUGGUAUUUGGUUAUCACCAAGAUUUGUUAAAUUAAUUGCUUGGUAUGAUAAUGAAUAUGGUUACUCUACCAGAGUUGUUGAUUUAUUAGAAUACGUUGCUUCAAAGAACUAA